AUGGCAGCCAUGAAGAGUAGGGCUCACGCACCAUCGACCGAUGCGCCUAGAUGCCCUUUAGCACACAAACACAGCUGGUCCCCAGACGGUUUAAUAUCUCACACCCCCACCACAGAGUCGGUACACGGCAUCCGCCCAGCCGAGACAGCCCGGCCGAAGCAAUCUGCACCUUCGACCCUGCAUCCGCUUGUUUGGGACGAACCGCUGGUGGAGAUGACCAGAGUUAAGCUCUACGGCAUAACGCUGCUCUGGAUGUCGAUUGUGGUAAUGCUGUUUGUGAACAUUCUUUUUGGCGCCUUCGCACUGGUGUGCAGUCUCAGGGCCCACCGUCUCCUGCAAUCGCCGGCAUCUGAGGCGCAGCAGCAAGCCGCUGCUGCUGACUCCUGGCGAGUUCCCUUGGGGCAUCUACAGACCGCACGCCGACUCGGACGAGCGGCCUUCGCGUUGAAUUCAGCAGGCAUUCUCAUCUCCAUGCUCGCCCUCAUUUUUGCCUUCAUGUACUUUGGAACGGAGCCGGAAUCGAGGAAAUCCCUUCUCAGCGUCAUACAGGCCUUUAUGCAGCCCAGUGCCGUCAAUCAUCCUGCCCUAGAAAAAAGCCCCUCGGUCGGAUCUUAUUUCGCAGCAGAUAAGACCCAGUCUAAGCCCUAA